AUGCAUCAUCCACACUAUCUCAAUACAGUGUCCCAGCCUGUUGCGCUGUUUGAGCAUUUCAUUACCUCGGAGCCCCAGGCCAUAGUCCUGAAGGAAAAGAUAUUCUCUUUCUCCACGGAUAGCUUUGAUAUUAAGCUUGGGGAAGGAGUACUACUUUUAAAAGUAACUGGUAAUAUCUUCUCAGUUUCUGGUUGUAAGAAUGUUGAAGACAUGGAGCACAACCAUUUAUUUAAUAUUCACAAGGAACACAUGCACCUGCAUACCACCUUCAUUGGAUCAAAAGCCACGGCUACCUGUACUGACCGGCACAGCAAUCAAAACAAUUGUCGGACCCGAAUUAUUAAUGAAAAUACAGAAGAACAAGUCACUUGUAUUACCAGGAGGUGGUUUACCACUUGUUAUAUUUUCUUUGGCCAAGACACCUACAAUGUGAUUGUGGCGUCGGGGGUGGAUAUAGCAUUGAUCGCGGGUUCAUGUAUCUACUUCGAUGAAAAGAACAAUGAUUAG